GUACUGAGCAGGAUGAUCAAGAUUUCGGCGCUUAACGAAGAGUCAAGUGAAGAGAGCGAGGAAGAGGAUUUACCCACGAUCACGAAGGAGGCACAGGAACAAAUAGCAUUGACGGAAUACAACAAAGCUUUGGAGCUGUUAAAAGAAAAUAAACGUGAAGAAGCGCUGGUCGUCUUCAAGGAUCUCUUAGAGACUGAACUGUUGGAUGGAGUGGAAAAGCCUGAAGUACCAGAUGGCAGGUCCAGACCAAUGUUGUCCUUAAAAUAUUCCUGCUUCAAGAACAUUGGCGCUAUUCAAGCGGCUUGUGAGAAUUAUGAGGAAGCUGUGGAGAAUUAUUGGGAGGCUGCAAACCUGGACGAUUCCGAUGUAACAUUGUGGCAUAGGAUCGGCACAUUAGCUAUGAAAAUUUCCAACUUGGAAUUAGCUUGCUCGGCAUUCAAGCAAGGCCUAAAAUGCAAUAUUAAUCACUGGCCAUGCUUGGACAAUCUCAUAACUGCCUUAUAUGCCGUUCCUGAUUAUAUGAACUGUCUGUUAUAUAUUUCGGUGGCAUUGGAAAGGGAUCCUAAUUACGUGAAGGGUCUGGCUUUUCGUGACAAGAUAUUUAAAGACAUUCCAUGUAUGGAAGAAUGUUAUAAGCUGUAUAAUAGCGACUGGCAGAUGGAUCCACCUUUGUAUACUGAAUAUGAUCAUGUAUUGGCUGACAAAUUAUUAGCAGAGGCGAAGGAAGUUUCUAGAAAGUGGGUGGAAGUUUGCAAAGCAGAGUUUACACCAAAACCUUUACCAGAAUUGAUUUUAAGAAUGCCUUUAACGAGCUGCACAUGGUUGGCUCUCGGAGAAAGUCUAUUAGAUAUGCAUAGAUAUAUUACUGAUAAUAAUUUGAAUUUUGUUAGUAAAAUUGUAUUAUCAAUCCAAAAACCUGACGAUAAGAAUACAGUGAGUAAUGAAAUAGAAACUGUAGAAAGUAGUGUAAGUAUAAUGGAAAUAGAUCAACAAAACGACUUGAUUCCAAAUGGAGAGACUGAUAUCAAACCUAUUAAAAUUGAAACAGAAGAUUGCGAGAUAUCGGACGACAAUCAAGUUUUUAAUACAGAUACAGUAAUGGAAAUUGAAAUUGAAGACGACAAAAAAUCUUGCUCAAGCGAUGUGCAAAUAGUCGAAGAGGAAGAUCCAUUGAGAAUGUCUGACACAGAUGGUUUACAAAGUGAAGAACAAACUGAAACGAAAAACAUAGAAUCAGAGGAACAAAUGCAUUCUGAAGCAGAUGCAAAUAUCGACAAGUUAGAGAGCGACAAAGUCACAGACGAUAUAUAUUGCAUAGAUAGUGGAGUACCUACUGAGAAAUGUAGUGAUAAGGAAAGUGAUAAAUCAAGUGAUAAGGCUUCUGAGAAAGGUACUGAGAAAGCGAAUGAUGCAAUGUGUAAGGCAGACGAUAAAACAUCUCAUUCCGAGAAAACUGAUGGGAAGGAAGAAGGACAGAAGGUGAAAAAAAGACGCAGAAGUGCAUUAUGUUUUCUGCAACAAUGGGCCUGGAGUUGCAGCAGCAUGAGGCGAUCCGCGAGAGUAAGAGGACCAAACAGAAGGGAAGCAGAGAGGGACGAUGUUCAGUUAGAAGAAACACUUAGAAGAUUAUUUCCUAGUACCUUAUUACCCGACACGGUAAGAUUGACUAAAGAUGACGCUACUAAAAAUCUAGAUGAUUCCAUGGAUACUAUGGAUAUGUACCAAUUAUUUGCGAAUCAAGAGAAUAAUAAAAAUGUGGAAACUCUUAAAUGCUCGGAAAGUUCUAAAUCGCCAAGUCCUGACACAAGUCAACCACAAAAAUACUUUGGAACAGAAACUGAAACUGCCGAUGUGGACGCAUUUAUAAAUCAACAUAGCAGUAAAAGCAAUUUAAUGAUAAUUAUCACGAAAUUUGCAGAAUUUUUAUGUACUAAAUGGAAUCGAGAAUGGCCGAAAGGAAUGUCAGAUAUUUAUUUACAAGCAUAUGUCUUUAUGAGACAACAUAUUCCACAUUUAUCACCAUUUGAUGAAGAUGCCAAUGACAAAAUUCUGAAAUUAGAUACCGAAACGACAUUGUUAUUUGGCGAACUUCAUACAGACAGAUGGUUAGAUAAUAAACCAGACACCAUGCCAAAUCCAACGUAAGAUUUCAAUAAUUUUUUCUUUAUAUUAUUGAUAAAAAUAAUUCUAAAUGAAGAAAAUUUAUACACAUUACUGAGAAUUCUGUGGCUAAAAAGUAAUAUUUUCCUGUGUCAAGGUGAUAUAGACAUAGUCAUAGAAACAUUAGAGCUGUUGUUGAACCGUCUGCUUGAUAUGGAAAAUAAAAGCCUAAAUCCAUGUAUUAUGCUUCUAAAUUGUAAAAAUAACUCUCAAAUUAGUGCCAAACUGGUAAAGAAAAAGUUGACAUCAAUUCAAAGGGGUCAAAAAUUAGGUGAAAUUCAACAACUUUAUGAGGAAAAGAAAUAUGCAGAAUUGGCUUGCAUAUUGCAGGAUACUUUUAAAUUUGCUAAACAGAGACACAAACUGUUGGGAACUAAUGAAAUUAUCGUCGACAGAGUUCGACAAUUAAAUAUGUUACUUGAUAGCUUAUGGCAACUUCAACAAUAUGAAGAAUGUUAUGUCUGGGCAGAGGCUUGUCUGAAUGAAUCAUGGCAAAAUUACUUGAAUUCGUCUGACGAAACUGAACAGAAAAAAUGGACGAAUUCUGUUGUAACAGCACUUGAGAAAUUAGAAGCUUGUACAAUCGAAGCCAGUGUUUUUAUUGUAAAAUAUCUAUCAGAACCUCGUCUAUCGAGAUUGGUACAAAAUUUAGUUCACAUCGUUUGCCAUCAGUUGGAUGUGCCAGAAAGUGCUGUGGAGAUGCCAUUGGAGACUGUUUUACCUUGGAUCUUGUUACAUUACAUCCUACAAUACAAAGAAGAUAAGGAGAGGGCAAAGACAGAGUCUUAUAAAAAUAAAUCACACAGUUCUCAUAAUUCUGAAUCGGAUGAUGAAGAUGACGGCAUUCCACCAUCUAUCAUGAUUUUAUUCACUGCUCAUGAAUUUAUCGGUAGACAUUCGUGGUGUUGUUUUAAUGAGGCGAAACUCUUAUUUUUCAUUAUGAAUCUUAUCAUACCGCAUCUCGAAACUCCUCUGUAUGUUUCUAUCAAGAAUAGACUCACGAAAUAUUUGGAACAGAUAUUCUAUUGCCUAUACGGUCAUCCAAAUAGGGUGAACAAAGUGCGACCAAAGUAUCUUCAGGAUCACGGAGUACCGCAAAUGGAAUUAACCUGGGAUGGGGCACAGCUGUUGUUUGAUUUUUAUAAACCGAAACAGCUGCCAAACUUUCAAUCCCCCAGAGUUCUUUCCAUUAGCAUGGAUACGGAGAUACUGUUCAAGAGAAUAAUUAGAUUAGUUCCUCAGGAAAGCGAUCCGAAUCAAAUAGUAGAUGAAAUGACGGCAUAUAUAACCGGUGCGAAAGACAAGAUGCCAAGCAUAAUGAAAUCUUUACCACAUUCGAUAUCCACUAUUUACUACUUGUUGGGUGAUUUUUAUUUUAAAAACAGUAAGUGGGAACACGCAUGCCGAUAUUAUCUAUUAGAUUUGUGUUUAUAUCCAAAGGGAUUAAAUUCAUGGGCAGGUUUAGCUAUGGCAACAGGUAGCAUAAUAGAGAAUUGGUUGAACAGUUACAGACCUGUAGGGAAGGAUAAGUUCCUCAAUAAGGCAAAAAUGGCACAGUCGAGUUAUCAACAUGCUAUCGAGCUAGCACCUGGUCAUUCUGUAAUUUGGACAGAGUACGGGAAUUUUGUUUACAUGGUUCAUUCGUUUUGUUCGCGAUUGCUCAAACAAGAGACCGAUACGUUAAGUAUGGAGAGAUUUGAAAUUUUGGAAACUAGAAAAGAAGAGAUGCUGAAGAUUGCAGAUCAGUGUUUUGAAUCUGCUAACAGGAUAUGUCAAACUAUUGAAGAACCAUCCAUACAGCAUGAUGAAAGAUGGCUUUAUCAAUACAUGCUUGGUAAAGUCGCAGAGAAGAAAAAUCAGGAUCCUCCUAUAUUCUUAGAACAUUACACAAAGGCUAGUGAAUUAUUAUAUGAUAAUAACGCUCAAUAUCCACGUAGAAUAAGCCACAAGAGUCCACAAAAUCUGUCUAUAGAAGCCCUAGAAGUUCAUUAUCGCAUUCAUGCGAGUAUAUUGAAAUAUUUGGAACAACACGAGGGAAAACCACUGAAGAAAUCAUUAGGUCAAUUGUUUCAUUGGCAUCUUAAAAACUGCUCCGAAGGGCCCUUUAUGACGUAUCAACCUAAACUUAACGAUAAGAAAAAAGAAGAGAACGAUAUUGAGAAAAGUAUUACGAAAGAGGUAGACAGUACAGCAGAUGCGGAUAAAAAUGCAGUAUGUCAACGCUCAAAUAGUAUUGAAGAAAUAGAAAUCAUAGAUAAGUCAAACAAAAUCUCUGAUAUUAAGUUUACAGAAUUAGGAAAGUCUGAAAGUCGUAAACGAUGUCCUGAUGAACUGUCACAUGACAAUACAAAAAGAAUAAAGUUAAGUAGUAUCUCACAUUUACAAUUAAUGCAGGACGUCGUAGCCUUAAUAGAUGAUUUAAUUACCAAAGUUUGCGAUAUGGUGUCGCAAAAGGAUAAAAGCGAUGACAUAAUGAUCAUAUCUAGUGAUGAAAGUAAUGAGACAAAAUUGCAAAAAAAGAAACUAGAGAACAAGAAUGCCGAUAAAAUGAAAUCACAGCUAAAAACCGAGGAGAUUAAGAAAAGUUCAGUAAAUAUAUUGACAGUUGAUUCUGUACGAAGGACUGAUGAUGUACAGGAUUUAAUGGAUGCUCUCAUGAAACAGGCAAUGGAAAUUAGCCAAGAAACCCAGCAGUCUUCAGCAGAUGAUGAGGAUACCAGAAGAUUCGAUGGCAAAUGGUUACAAAAUGAAGACUUGCAAUCUACCGAAAAGGAAAAUAAAGACAAAAUAGAAGAGAGGAGAAAAACACAAACAAAUGCGAAUGAAGAAAUGACUUUAAGUAGAAGGGGCUCUCAAGAAAGCACCACGACACAAACUACAACUACGACUACGGAGACAAAUAAUUCGAGUUCUAGUAGUAGCGAGGAAUCUAGUAGUAGCGAUGAUAGUUCUGACAGCGAUAGCUCUAGCGAUAGUGAUAGCGAAUCUGUCGACAGCGAUGCGGACAAAAAGAAGAAAGAUUCUAAUAAUAUAGAAGAUGAAGAACAGAUGCCAGAAGAAGAAGUAGCGACAUUAAUUGCGUAUUGCUUAGCUGGUUUGGAACAAUGUAUAUUAAGAUUCGCAGAACAUCACAAAUCAUUUUAUAGACUUUCAUACUUCUUCUUUAAUAAUAAAAAGGCAAAGGAUAUCGUAAAAUGUAAAGAACUUUUAUUAGGAACAUAUACUUGUCAAUUCUAUCCUGGACAAACUUUUCAAGGACUUUUUGCCGAGAAAAGAAGUACCAACUUUUUUAAUGGGGUGUGGCACAUUCCAGUCAAUGAAAUUGACAGACCUGGAAGCUUUGCUUCACAUAUGUCGAAGUGUGUGACGUUACUCAUGCAAGUAUUAAAAGAGAGUAACGACAGUAAAAUGUUAAUGCAAUUGUGCAUACAGCUCGGAAAGAUUCCAGAUUCAGACAAGAAAUACUUGCGUGAUUCUGAGAGAGAACAAUUAUCCCGACAAGCUCUGACACUUUGUCAACAGUCGCUCAGAAGCAGAGUUCAGACAAUGGGCUCGACAAGUUUAAUCGACAGUGUACACCAUAUUAGAACAGAUACUAGAACACAAGUACUACUUGACGUAUACGAAACAUAUCAACUUGUCCAGAAACAUUUUCAGGGUAAAGAGUCGACUAUACAAAUGUUUGCAACAUUGUUAACAGAUACAUAUAAAAUGUACAUAGGAAAUAAAAACUUGGAAGGAAAUGUUUUGGAGAUUGCUAUUAAGUGUUGCCAACGUCAGAUACAAGCAAACAAACUCGCAUCUAUUAAUAAUAGUAAUAGCUCUCACGUGCCACCUCAAGUUGUCUCUACUAUUUCGGCACCCAUACCACAAGUGUCGAUAAACUCAACAUCCCCGCAAACAUUGCAGAAUCGCAAACCGCACAGAAAUUUGACAUCUACCGGACGUCCAAGGGGACGUCCACCAAAUGUUAAUAAAUACUUGCAACAUGCUCUGCAACAAAGUGGCAACGUGAUGAAUCAGUUCAGUUCCAAGAGUAACUUUGCGAAUUACAUGGGUGCGUCCGGACCAAAUCGUUCUCUGAUAAAUCCUUACUUCAUGAGUCCAUUAGUUGAUGCAAACAUGUUAUCGGCUUUACUAGCCAGCGGACUAAACAGCAAUAUGAUGGAUCCUCUAGCGGCUAUGACCUAUUUAAAUCAAGUAGGAAGUUAUCAAGAUAUCCUCAGGCAAUAUCAAAACAACUUAUCGUCAUUGACCAAUCUUGCUAGCGGUUUAAACAAUCCUGGUACCACUAUAACCAGCAUGAGCAAUGUUUCGACAAUGAGUACAUCCAGCUCUAGUAUCAAUACUUCAAGUAACAUUGCCAAUUUAAAUAGUCUAAAAGGUUCCUUAGAUCCUAUGACAGCGUCAGUGCAACAAUUACUGAGUUUAAGUAAUUCUACAGCAUCAACUUCGCGACCGGCACCCAUGUACCAUCAAGCGACGGCCAAGACUAACACAACUAUGUCACUAACGAAGGACCGACCUAAUAUAUCUAUAACACCAGUUAGCACCUCGAUGAGUCAGCAGCCUCAUCACAAAACAUCGAAGCCGCCCAGCAAGCAACCGACCUCACAGACUGAGCCAGUGUUACCCGUCCACAUUCCUAAAUCGCUUCAGAUAUCACCAACGAAACCAGUAUUACACUCGUCGAAUACGACGGCGCAAGUAUCCUUGCUCAAGCCAUCCAUUAUUCAACAGGUGAAGAGCAGUCCGCCUAAACAGAUGACCGCGCCGCAGAUACGAGUCUCAAAAUCCUUAACUGAGCCGCAACCUGCGCACAAUCCAUCGUUGUCACAUUCGCCUUUGAAGAACAGCGGUAGUACCGUGACCACGAAUCCGACCGCGACCAUGUCACAUGUCCCCCACACGUCCAUGGGUGCGCCGGUGAUCAUGAAGCAACAGCAAGCAUUACCCAUGAACUUACCGAACGUAUCACGUUCUGGUACGUCGUUACAGCAUAAAUUAUUGUCGAAAAAGAAUUCGCGACCUUACUCAACGCAAACGAACGUUCAGAAUCAUCCUGUGAGGAAGGCAAAGACAGCCAAGACGGCGGCGAUGUCAGUGCCGAUGUCUGGCAAUUUUCCAAACCUAUUAAAUGCAAUGCCGUCAACAAAUUCUGUCACGAUGUCACAACCGCCUUUUAUACCUCCAGAAUUAAGUGGCAUUUCGGUGAGUGCUGUCAGUUCACAAUCUGUUGGUAUUAAGACCGCGGCUGCGGCUGCGGCUGCUAAGUAUCAUAGCUACAAGAAAUCCAUCAGCAAGCCGAAAUCAACUGCGACGCCAGCGAUAGAGGUGCCAAGCUCGUUACCGGCUUCAUUUUCUUCCGGCAGCUCAGUCGAGGCACUCUCGAUGCUGUCGCAAUUACAACAGCACUCUCAUCUGGAAAUAAUACCGCAGCAGAAGGCGCCGCUAAAGUCAAACAUUGAUUAUAAAACUCUUUCAUCUUCCGUGAAUGUGGUGCCAUCGAAAGUUCCAGAGACCUUAAGAUCGUCGACAACCGCCGACUGUAUAUCUAUGUAUGAUCUAUCUAGAGGGAAAACUACUAACGUUUCAAACAAAAAGACACAAGAUAAGCUCCUUACUGAUAACGUCGAAAUUAUAACAUUAGACGAUUAAAAAUCGCUCAAACAAGUCAUGGACGUUUGUUGCGAUUAUUUUGCGUAAUAACUUUUCAAGGAAUACUUGCAGUUAUCUACUCGAUAAUGUUAAUUCCUUGCAAUGGAAUGACAAACUAUAUUCGCGCAAUAGCGAUGUUGUUUUAGCGGAAAAUUUUACAAAGUUAUUUUAACUUUGGAAUAAUUUCGGAAAAUUUUUCGUUAAUUGAGUUAUCUUUAUAUGCAUUUCAUAUAAACUCG